AAUAUGUGGAUGAACCAAAUAUUCACAAGCAUCUUGGCUAAAUAUUUUUGAAUUUUGUGUGAAAACAUUACUAGUAUUUUGUUUUUGAAUGAUGAAAUUUGAAGAUUUGUUGAUGCAGCCAAGCGAUGAGAAACAGAAAAGAAUACUUCUUGAAGAAGAGGUUGAGGAACUGAGAGAAGAAUUAGACGGACAACUUCAGCUCAAAACAGUGUUGCAAUAUGCAUUACAAAGACCAAAUGUUGGUUCUUGUCCCUGCAUAUCCACCCUCCCUCGCCGGGUUCAACAUUUGUUGGAAGAGGUGGUGAUGGCGGAGGAAGAGAUAGCUUGGCUAGAGAGAAAAGUCGACGCGCUAAAGAGGAAGCUGUACCGAGAGAAAGAAUUGGCCGAAAAAUGGGAAGUGCUGCCACUUAAACAAGUUCAGCAUCAACAGCAUCAGCGAUUGAUUUCAAAGCCCUUACCUCCUCCACGACCCGAUAGAUCACAAAACUAUCAACUCAGAAAACAAUAUAGAAUUCGAAAAGACAGAAGAGCCUCUGUUGGUUCCUCCAUCGACUUCCACACCAUUUAUUCUCCGAUUAAUCUCAAUGAGGAGGAAAUAGUUGAGAGUAGUUCAAGAGGUUCAAGAAAUUGGCGCAGGCACCACAGCCAGCCAGUAGAUCUAGAAACGGAUAAUGAGACGCCAAAUAAGUUGUCAGAAGAAGUACUCAAAUGCUUAAUAAGUAUAUAUCUCAAGUUAAACAAGGCAUCGUUGGAGAACCAAAGUUCAUCAACUAUUUCAACUUCCAUUGCAAAACAAUCUCAAACUUGCUCGAAGAAAUCCAAAAGCAGCUUCAUAUGCAGCAAAACUUGUACAUCAUCUGCUGCUGAUGCUCCGAUUUUCGCGCUCAACGAUUACGCAUCGAAUCUUGAUCCUUAUGGGAUCUUGUUAGACACUGAUGGAAUUCAGAGAGAGAUUGGAUCUUACAAGAAUUUCAUCCAAGUCUCAAGAACUUCUAUUAACACGUGUCAUAUAUCCGAAUGUCUUCCCCAAAUGGGAAAGUUAAGGUCUAUGGUGCAAAAAUUCAGCAAUGUUGACAUAACUUGCUUGACCUACAAGCAGAAAUUGGCAUUUUGGAUCAAUGUUUAUAAUAUCUGCAUAAUGCAUGCAUUUUUACAAUAUGGUUUGCCUUCUACAGAAGAGGAACAAUUAUCUCUCGUAAAUAAGGCUGCCAUAAAUGUUGGUGGUAUUGUACUUAAUGCAUUAGCCAUUGAACAUUUCAUCCUAAGGCAUCCAAGGGAUAUUGAACAUGGUUUGACAGAUGAUAAUGAAAGAUUUUUGAGGAAUGCUUAUGGUCUUGAGUAUCCUGAACCUAAUGUCACCUUUUCACUAUGUAGAGGAAGCUGGUCUUCACCUGCACUAAGGAUAUACACAGCAGAUGAAGUGGCGAACGAGCUAGAAAGAGCGAAAAUGGCAUAUUUGGAAGCAUCAGUAGGAGUGACAAGUAAGAAGAAGAUAAUGGUACCAAAGCUAAUGCAAUGGCAUAUGAAAGAUUUUGCAGAUGAUAUGGAAUCACUUGUAGAAUGGAUGUAUAGCCAAUUGGCAAGUUGUUGCUCUUUGAAAAAAUCUAUGAUGGAUUGUCUUGGCGCAGGCGAAAAGAAAUCGCUAUCGAUUGCUAAGAUGAUUGAGGUUCAACCAUACGCUUCGGAAUUCAGAUACUUACUUCCUCUAUGAUCACCAAAACAUCAGUAACAAUAAACAAACCAAAAAGAAAAACCGACGACCAUUGAUGACCUUAAUAGCAGGCAAAAAGCCUCGUUUGUUUGUACUUGAUGAAGAAUUUAAUUUUAAUCAUUUACAUCUCAUCUCAGUCAUUAUGAAUUUUAAUUUUUUUCUCAA